AUGCUCGCGUCGGUUUUUCUGAUCCUCUUGGUUUAUUCGAGUGUUGGAUGCUCCAAAAAACGGGGAAGAACGGUACGUUCACCUGAUCGAAUUUCUGAGGUUCAGAAAUUACCCGUAAAACUCAAGAUUAUUGAAGGAUUUUUCAUCGAAAAGCAGGGAUGUGGCGAAAAGUGAAGACACUAAUGAAAAAGUUUCAACUACGGUAUGUUUCUUUGUUUCGUUUUCCCCCAGUUUCACCUCAUGAGACUUUGUGGAUUCGGAACGGCAUAUUGCUGGUGCAUAAGUGACUGUGAGACUAGUUACACGCAAUGGACUAAAAAAGAUGAUAAAUCAUAAAGAGUCUCUGUGCAAAAUAUUUAUUUUUUUUGUUGAAGAAGAAUAGUGGUGUUGAAAUAUUUCAUCUGAUCUUCUUAGCGCUGGCUAGAUCAACGUAGGCUUUUUGAAAAUUAAAAAAAAAUAUUUUUUCGCAGUCCCGAAAACUGCCCAGAAGUCCUGCCACAACAGAAACGUCGUCGAUUUCCAGCAGCAUCAGGUUUGGAUAGUUUCUCUAGCUUUCAAAAAUAAAAGUUUUUAGUAGUUCACAAGUAGAGCGAAUCGAACAAGAGUUAGCAAAAAUUCAAGCGAAAAAAUUGGAAAACUCGAGAAAAAUCAUCGUAGCCGUCAAGGCUGAUCGAAAAGCUGCUGAAGCGGCUUUAAAAAAAAGAAAACAGGUUGAAAUAUUGGAUUGGAAAGUUUGGGAUAAUUGAGCUAUAUCUUUCAUCAAUUUAGCCUUUUAUAAACGAGUCUAUCGAUUUCCUGAACUUGAGUCACACUUGUCUAGAUUUCAAAAUUCUUCUCAGAGGAUGAUAAUUUGAGUCUUAUGAAUAUUGCAACUAACUUUGGAGUUUCCAGGUUGAUGAGGACCCCAUAUUCGUGAAAAACUCUCCGAUUGAACCAAAAACUCCGCCGAACAUUUUCGUGAAGCCUAAUCAGCUCAAGUUCAAACCAACGGGUGGUAUGAGAUCAUUGAAAAUCUUCAACAAAACUGAAGUAACUCAGAAUUUCAAGGUUUUUUCGUUGAUUCACAAAGUUGAUCUGAAUUUUUUCGAAUUAAUCCUUCAGGUAAAAUUCAGCGACAAGAUGAUAUAUCGAGUUGACAAAAAAAACGGCGAAAUACUUCCAAAAUCUUCGAUUCGAAUAAAAAUCCUCCGCGAAAAUGCGGGUCCAAAAUGUGAUCGAAUUGCCCUAGUUUUCGAUGUCAGUUUUAUUUUGUUGCCUUUUUUUCGUUUGGAAAAAAAAAGAUAUAUUUUUCCUUAAAGUAUCUUCGCAACGACUUAAAGCAGUCUGGCUUGUCUGCACUCUCUUUCCUCCCCGGCUCUUCUUUUGAAAGAGAUGGUGAGACGAAAGAGAGCGCAGACUCGUCAGAUAAAAGAAAGUUAUGGCCAUGGAAGUUAAUUUCAAAAGGUUAAGUAUUUUCAGGCAGAAGGAGGAGAUCGACAUGUUAUGACUGUUCCAUUGAUUGCUUAA